AUGCCUAGCCCGGAGACGAUUGAUCCUCAAGCACACAAAGCUUGUGCCCAUUGUCGCUCCCAGAAAGUACGAUGCAUACCAGACGAGGCGAAUCCUGAUGCCUGUUCGAGAUGUACGAAGGUUGGACGGCCAUGUAUCUUCACACCCUUGCAGAAGCGCAAGCAGCGUAAGCGCACAGAUACACGGGUGGCAGAGCUCGAAAGAGAAAUGCGUACGAUGAGGUCUAUGCUGAAGGAGAAAGAGAACGGUGCCAAGACCAGCCCAGCAGGAUCAGGACAAGAAGGCACGCCUGGACUGUGGUUCACGCAGAAUAUAGCCUCUGCUCGGCCUUUGCAACAGUCGGUAUUUGCAGAGCACCAGCCCUGCGAGCAGAUCAGGCACCCUGCCGCCUCCAAAUUGUGGCCGGAUCGUCUUGCAGAUUAUCCAGAAUUGAGCAAGCGCGAUGUCAUAGACCGAGGGCUUCUGUCUAUGGCGACAGCGAGACAACUCUACGAAACGUACGAGACCGACCUGUUUCCGCACUGGCCUCCUGUACCCGUACCUGCAAACAUGUCCGCGGACGAUAUGCGUGUAGCUCGUCCUGCGCUGUUUCUGGCUACCCUCGCCGCGGCGGCUGGGAAGGAGAACAGUGAGCUUGCGGCCACGCUUGACAAAGAGGUGCUGGAUAUGUAUGCUACCCGCAGUCUAAUGCGGUCGGAGAAGAGCCUCGACCUGAUUCAGGCUCUUUUGCUCUCGGCUGUCUGGUAUCAUCCGCCUUCAAAGUUUGGACAACUAAAAUACUACGAGUACAUCCACAUGGCGGCGACAAUGGCUAUGGAUAUUGGCAUCGGUACAAGGCCUACUGUGACUCGAAGUCGCUUUGGGAAUGCUGAUCGAGGGCGUGAGCCAGCCAAGCAGGCAAUGGUCCACGCCGUGCACCCUGCCGAGGACACCUCGAAUCCAGAUCUGAGUAUGACACCACGAUCACGGAACCAAAGCCCUCACACUGGAAGCUUAGAGAGCAGACGAACAUUCGUGGCCACGUACAUGAUCUGUGCCGGCGUAUCGUUAUCGCUCCGCAGACCGAACAUGCUCCGCAUAAGCAGCUAUGUUCGAGAAUGCAUCACCUUCUUGGCACGCAGUCCGGAUGCGUUACCCACCGAUCGGCUACUGGUUCACUGGGCCAGAUUAGUCGUUAUAGCAGAAGAGAUAUCUGUAGCCUUCAGUUAUGACGACCUAGGCGGUGUAGCUUCUAUCACCGAGCUUCGCGUACAGCUGAUGUUGAAAGACUUUGGGCACAAGCUGAACGUGUGGGCGGCAAGCGUGCCUGUAGAUGAAAGCAACGGGGACAUGAUGAUCAUGUACUGGUUUGUCCGGCUGUGCCUGCACGAAGUUGCACUGCAUGUUGACCACUCUCCGGAGGACUUCAUUGCACCAUAUCAGAUGGGGCCCAUCCAGGAAUGGGAAGGUGUCGGAGAAAUACCGACGCAGAUCCUGGCUGAAUGUAUCUCGGGGUGCAUAUCCAGUUCACAUGCUUUGCUGGAAUGCUUCUUCACUAUGCCGCCAGAGUCUCUUCGCGCGAUGCCGGUCUUCAGCUAUGUCCGCGUGUCCUUUGCGGCAUUUGUCCUGGCUAAGCUAUGUCUUUCAGCGUCGCAUCCAAGGAGUCGCAUCGGUCGAGUGCUUGACAAGUCUGCGCUGAAGGCAGAUAGCUACAUGGAUCGUGCGGUACUGCACGUACGGAAUAUCGUUGGUACGAAGAGAUCUCGAGUUCCGGCCAUCUUUCUUGCGUUGCUGUUCAAGCUAAGACAAUGGUGUCUGAAUCCUGAAAUGCUCGAGCAAACAGAAGGGUCUGGUCCCGAUGCCAUGGAGCCGUACAACAAUCUUCGCAAUGGCGGCGCACUGCCCGAACCUACCACUGACGCGUUGGAGCAAGAUGGCCACAAACAAAUAACAGAGCUGUAUGGAGGCAGCGUCAGUGGAAGUGUUAGUAGCGAGGCCAGCCCAGGCUCAGGAGACCUUCCCUCGCCUCAGCAAGCAUUAGGCGGGCCCGGUAGAAUGGCUGUCUCGGAACAGCAGCCUACUCCCAUGUCUCAAUCGCAUGGAGGUUUAUACCAACCAGGCACAUAUGACACACAGCAUAGCCAAGCAGGCAUACCUAGCAAUGGUUCUGAACAAGAGCCCAACGAGAUCGACCUUAUGCAGCUCGAUCUUGACUUUGCAAACUACAUCGAUGAGCUCAAUGGCAGCAUUGGAGACGGCGAUCUGGCAGGUCUCGACGCCUGGAUGCCUACUAAUAUUGCUGGAAUAACCAUCCCUGAAGACCAUGAGGCGAUGCACACGAACACUUCCGGCCAGUCACAUACUGAUACCCUGGGCUAUGGCUGGACAUGGGAUGAUACAAGUGCAGGUGCUGGCUGA